UCCAGAGGUAAGCGAGAAGAGAAGCAAUCCUUCGGGUUUGGAUCCUUGUUCCAGCCUAAUUCGUUUUCCUUUCGGUAGGCAAAAAUCCUAGUUUAUUUGUAUCUUUAAAUCUAUCGAAGAACAAAGAUCCUAUACCUUUUGGAAUCUCCUUUCCUAUAUCUGGGAAUCAGUCGGAAAACCUCAAAGAGGGCCCAUAGCGAUGGCCCCGCCGCAGCCGAAUACCGGUCUCUUUGUUGGGCUCAACAAAGGGCACGUCGUCACCAAGCGGGAGUUGCCUCCUCGCCCUUCCAGCAGAAAAGGGAAAACCAGCAAGAGGGUGCAUUUUGUCAGAAACUUGAUCAGGGAAGUUGCUGGGUUUGCUCCCUAUGAAAAGAGGAUUACUGAGCUCCUGAAAGUUGGAAAGGACAAGCGUGCGCUCAAGGUGGCGAAAAGAAAGCUUGGAACUCACAAGAGAGCAAAGAAGAAGCGUGAGGAAAUGGCUAAUGUACUCAGGAAGAUGAGAUCUGCUGGAGUGGCUGAGAAGAAGAAAUGAAGUGGAGCAGCGUAUUCAUAAUACACUCUGGUCUCAAGAUUUUAUUCCUAAACUAGUGAAAAAUUUCGAUCCUUUGUGCUGGUAGGAAAGCUGGGACUAUUAAGAUACAAGUUUGUCUAAUCUUUGGUUCUGCGAGAAACUUCCUUUUUGAUAUUGGCUGAGAAUAUUUCAGUUUUGGGUAGUGGCACUUCAACCAUGCAAUCCUCUGACUGCAUUUUCAUAGUGACAAACUGGUUCAGCAAUAUGCCAAUGAUGUGUUGUUGCUAUUUGAAUCUCCAGCUCAGGAAAAAAAAAAGUUGAUGCAAAUGUGCUCUCUUCUGAAUUGCUGUGCAUAUUUUUAUCUAGAUGUGGAUUGCUGGAGGUUUUUCAAAUUUUUUGUUUCGCCCC